AUGGUGGAACUUGGCCAACGUUCAGGCUUUAGUCUGGUUGGAGUAGCCGGAUCGGACCUUAAGGAACGUCAAACUACUCCUGUUUUGGCUAUGCUUUGGCAACUCAUGCGAGCUUACACUUUGUCUUUGUUGGUGAGAUUGGCUGAGGAUACGGAAGAAGACCCGGUUGGCUAUCACCGAGCACGUUCUCCUGUUAUAAGCAAACCAAUCAUCUCCGAACGCGGAAUCAUCGAUUGGGUGAACGGUAGACUGGCUCAAGCACACAAAACUCGCCGAAUUUCAGUGACUGCUGGAUUCUCAGACUUUGAAUUAAGAAACGGACUUUUGAUUAUUGAUUUAUUGGAAGCUAUCCGUCCAGGAUGUGUGGAUUACAGCGUGGUCAAUAUGGGCCUUACUCCCGAGGUAUGA